GCGGUCACGAUCCGUUCGCUACGAAUGCUACGAAACUACUUUAGCUUAGAGAUAAAAAGUGUGUGUAUAGUAAAAUAGAUUUUAGUGUUACUAAUUUUAGUGUUUGUGUUUAGUGAGUGAACAUGAACCGGUGUUCAAGUUGCGGAAACAGCGAACGAUGACCGUUAUAUUUUGCAGAUUAUGAGGUGGCGCGAACGCAGCCUCGCCCAGGCGCCAUGUGGUGCGCAUGCGUGUUCCUGCUCGCUCAGAUAGUCGUGUGCCAGUUUGCUACAGAUAACCCAACAACACUAACAUUAGAAGAGCAAACAGUCUCAUCAUUCUACCCUCUGAGCUCGGCUCAAUCCCCGGCGCCAAUAAUGCUGCGCCUGGGCAAAUCGACCAUCGACAGCACAAAAUCCUUCAAAGUACCUCAGCCGUCUCCACAGCCAACAAGUCAGCCGAGUUCAGACCGGCCGGCGGCUUUGGGCAAAGUGGUGGUGCCUCACGUCGUAUCAGUGUCUAGGAACACAUACUUCGACCACGAUCGGAGAUACGGGCCGACGUUCGAAGAUGUGCCUGACGGGAACGUGACCAAGAUAACUGUGCAGCUGGGAGAGGAUGCGCAUUUGAACUGCAGGAUCAGCUUGCUUCAGGAUAAAACGGUAUCCUGGGUCCGUCGCCGAGGGAGAGAUGAGAUGCCAGAACUCCUCACAGUCGGUGCAGUGACGUAUGCCGCCGACGACCGCGUGUCGGUUGCCAAGCGGUAUCCAGGCAACUGGCGACUACUCAUCAGGGAGGUGAAACCGGCUGACGAAGGAGUAUAUGAGUGCCAGAUAUCUACUCACCCACCGAGAGUCAGCAGGACUUAUCUGCAUGUGAACACUCCACAAGUGUGGGUAGUCGACGAGGCCGGGAACCCUCUGCUAGAGAAGUUUUACGAGGCCGAAUCCACAUUGGCUCUGGUCUGCCGAGCAAGACAUGUGGAGACCCCAGCAGUCCUUAUUUGGCUGCACGAAGGAAGGGCUCUCAAUGCUGAUACUACUAGAGGAGGAAUCAGUGUGAAAACGGAGCAGGUCCCCGGCGGUGCGGACAGCCUGCUUCGCCUCGCGCGAGUCAACAGCAGCGACGCAGGCAACUACACUUGUGCAGUGCGCGGCGCGCGCCCGCACACGGUGUCGGUGCACGUUCUCAAUGAAGAAAGCCUAGCCGAGCUCCACGCCGGUUCUGCCCACCACCCGCUCUCAACAGCAACAAUAACGGUAUCGCUAAUAACGUUAACCGUUAUAACGUACGACGUAACGUUAUCGCCCGCGCUGCUCAUCGCGUCCCUAGUCUACGCUACAAAAGACGUGUUGAAAGACAAUGUUAUGGUUCUACCCACGUGAUAAUUAAAUAUGUAUAUAAAUUAAGAGGUUAUUGAAUAAAUAUAAUUAACGGUUACGGGGA